GAAACCUUUUACCCACCACACACAAACAAACCCACUCAAGAAACUCUCUUAUUAAAAACCAAACCUUUUCUUUUUGCUUAGUUUCAUUCCCAAAUCAGUAAAGAUAGGUUUAAUCGAAGACCCCCAUCGGAAUUCCACUGAGGAAUUGCGUCAGUCUCGUUCUUGUUGCGGCUUGAGGAAGAAGAAGACUGGUUUCAGUGGUGACCAAGACAAGAACAAGGAGGGGGAAGUGGUGAAAUCGAAGAUGCAGACUACGACUACGGAACCUACACAGCCUCAGCCUCCGCAGCAGAUGAUGAGCUUGAGUUUUAGUAGUCAGAUGUCUAAAGAAGACGAGGAGAUGGCUCGUUCUGCUCUCUCUGCUUUCAGAGCUAAAGAGGAUGAGAUUGAGAAGAGGAAAAUGGAGGUUCGUGAAAGGGUUAAGGCUCAGCUUGGUCGUGUCGAGGAAGAGACUCGUCGUCUUGCUAAUAUCCGCGAGGAGCUUGAAUCUAUGGCAGAUCCCAUGAGGAAGGAAGUAAAUUGGGUGCGUAAGAAGAUUGAUAGCGUCAACAAAGAACUCAAACCAUUAGGAUCUACAGUUCAAAAGAAGGAAAGGGAAUACAAAGAAGCAUUGGAUUCAUUCAAUGAGAAGAACCGUGAGAAAGUUCAGCUCAUCACCAAGCUAAUGGAGAUGGGACAGUUGGUUGGAGAAAGCGAGAAGCUGAGGUUGAAGAAGCUGGAGGAGCUAAGCAAGAGCAUAGACACUGAGUAAAAGCUAUCAUCUCACAAGACAAGACCAACCAAUUAAGGAACUAAUCUGGUUUUAGGGUUAUAAUGGUUCUAUUUGGUGUAUUUACUUUAUUUUUUUUUACAUUUUGGAAUGUUAUCUUAAGUUUCUGGGUGUUUUAGUUUUUUUUUUCUAUUUAUUUGGCUAUGAUUUGUGGGUUUGAUAUGUAAAAUUAUGAAGGGUUUUCGUGUUUUUUUUAUUAACCAUUAUUAGGGGGAUAAUGCUUCUUCGUAGAAUGCUAAAUGGUUUGUAAGUUUGAUUUUUUUUUUUAAUUCUCUUGUUUUUUUUUUGAA